AUGACUGGAAAUCAUGGCGAGGAAGCAAAAGCAUGUGGCGAAACGCCUCCAAGUGGAGACCAGUCCGGCCCAAGCAAUCCGACCGAUUCCUCAAAGCAAACCUGCUUCCGCUCCCGCGUUGCGACCAUAGUCAAUCCCUCGCGGUCGGCGGGACAGAAAUCAGACGUUGAAUCGGGCACAGCGUCGUUGCUUGCCAGUUCUGGUAGAGGCGAUAUCGAGGCAAAUCAAGAAGCGAGCACUGCGCCUACAUCCGGCCCAAGUAGAACCGAGAAUCAGAACAAACAAUCAGGAAAGCUCGACUCUUUCCCCCCGCUUCGAUCCGGAUCGCGGCGCGGUUCCACCGAAAUCAUCUCGGUCAGAUCGUCGGGAUGUAUGAUGUUGACACGGAGCAGCGCAGUUGUUCGCACGGCCUUUGACAGAGCGACUAAUCUGCCACGCAUGGAAUGUUUUCGGGGUGGUGAUCAGCGGCAAAAUAGGUCUGCUACUGCAGUUGAUAUUGUGCCGAGUACUCCUCAUCUCGAACAACCACAACGCUCCAGCCUGCCCAGUAUUUCACGGGACGGCAUCGCCCUAAGUUCGACAGAAGAGACUGGCAGUUCUCAAAUCUGUCAUACGGGCCAACUGGAGAAUUCAGCGCUCGGAGCACUAGCAGAUCGCCUAGAUCCUCCGGCGUCUAUGAAGCGGCUGAUCCCGAGUUAA